AUGGAAAAUAAUACGGUUUAGAGAAAAUCUAGUUAUUUAGAGGACCCUGAAAAUAAUAUUGAUUUGAGUUCUGAUGAUAAGUUUUAGUUUUUCCUAAUAAGACAUGGACAAACAAAUUUCAAUGUAGAAUACGACAAAUAUAAGGACAACCCUGAACGCCCAGAAUUUCUAUAACUUAGAACAAGAGUAGAAUUCAUUGAUCCUCCUCUCAAUCUCACUGGCUUAAACUAAGCGCUUAAAUAAAGGAAGAUUAUAAACUAGUUAAAUUUUCUGAUAGUUUUUGUAUCUCCUAUGAUUAGAGCAUGCUAAACUGCUAUCGAGAUGUUUGCAGAGCAUCCUAACAAAAAUAAGAUUCAUUUUGUCCUUGCUCCAAUCAUCAAAGAAGGCCUUAAUUGUAGCAAUGACUUGAGUCACUCUAUAGAAUAUCUUUAUAGCUUAUUUGGUGCACAUAAUAAAGAGAAGAACUAUGGCAUUGAGUUUGAUUUUUCUUUCACUUAUGGAGGAUUAUUCGGUGAGCCUAGACUAUGGAAUGCUAUGAUGUUGACCGAUCUUGAUGCUGUUAAGUUGUUAUACAAGUCCGUGAGUCAUAAAAGCGUCUCUCAUGCCGAGAUAAAUGAUUAGAUUUUGAAAUAUAUGGCAGAUUCUAAGUAUCGUAGAUUGGAAGCUCACAGCAUGAUAUUUGACAGAGUUUAGAUUUUUAAGGAAUUUGUUAAAAGGUAUGUCGAACUACAUAGAAAACUAGAUAUCCAUGAAAAAUAUGCUAUAGUAAGUCAUGCCUCAUUUUUAAGAGCCCUUAGCUCUUCUGGAGUAGAUUAAGAGACUGGAUGGCUUUUGGACUACUAAGAUUUUAAAAAUUGUGAAGUUAAGCCUUGGUUAAAUUUCCAGAUAUCAUAAGAUUAAAGCAUUAACUUGGUCUGA